GGGUGGCAUUUCACUAUGGCGGUAGACACGGAAGAGUGGAAUCCUGACAAAUUAGACGAAAGUGUAAUAAAGAUAGUUGGGCAGGUUCAAUUGAGAAAGUAUGGAGACUUCAUUCAAGAAUAUGCCUCCCAGCUCCAAGGAAUUGAACAUGCUCUGGAUGAAACUCUUAAUGAAUCAUGGGAUAUGACCUUUGAUCCAGUGUCUCUUCAGUUCCUUCCUUAUGAAAGAACUACUCUUCUAGAACUUGUAUCCACAGACAACAAAAUCCUGAACAAAGUAAUUACUGUAUUUGCUCAUUUGUGUUGUGAAAUCAAGGAGCUGUGUCAUGAAGCAAGAUCAAAGUUUUUUAAUUCUCUACUUUUUUAUGGAGAAGGAGAGCCAUCUGGUGGACUUCAGGAAGGAGAUGCUCAGGUUUACAUUGGACGUAUGAUAUCAGUAAUACAGGAAUUAUCCUGCUUUAUAAAUCGAUGCUACCUAGUUACCAAGAAUUUAAUACAUCAGUUGUCAUCAUUGUAUUGUGGAAAUAAAAAUGGUCCAACAGUUAUUGAUGUGACAGAUGUUCACUUCCAGAGAGUUUAUGAACAUCUUGGGGAACUGCUUACAACUCUAAUAACUCUUGAUGAGAUUGUUCAAUCUCAGGCAACUUUUCGAGAACACUGGACAUUGUAUAAAAGAAUGAUUAAGUCCGUUCACAGCAACUCCACCAUGUUUGGCAUAAGCAUGGAUAAAUUAAAACCGUUUGAAAAAAUAAUAAGCCAGAUUGAAACUCGGCUGUUACAAGGAAGGAUAUUCCUGGGUUGCAUGGAACAAGGUUUUGAUGAUGGAAAAGCCUUUGUUUCUAAAAACAGUGUCUUUGCUGAGGAGUUUUUCAUCAACUUGAGGAAUAUUUUUGCUCAAGUUGAACCAAAACUAGGAGAGUUGAAUGAACUUGAUACUCGAGCCAAACUGGUAGGAAUCUGUGCCUUGUAUGUUCUUCAUUUUUACCUUUUCCGUACAGUGGACAGAAAACAGUUCAAACAGAUAUGGGAUACUUAUAAAAAGGUCCCUGCAGUACCAUUGGUUGGAAAUAUACUCUGGUUUCCAGAUCAGUUUUUGUUAAUGCAGUUGCCUCACAUGGCCAAAUCCAUGGACAGAAAGGCACAAGACGCUGUUAAGAAUCAAAGACUAAACUACCUCCAGCAGAAGAGCCAAUCACUUCCAAAGGAUGCCCAGAUAUCCUAUCAUCAGGUUACUUCAUGGAUGAUUCGUAUGGAACUAGCUGCACAACCUGAUGGUGAAAGAUUGUUAGAAGACCUUAAUCACAGGACAUCCCUUCUAGUACAGGGACUGAUGCUUAGUUGGUCGAUUAGUUACCAAGUUAAAACUGUCAUGAACCUCCAUGUCACACUGGCAAAACCCAUGACCAAAACUUCAGUCCUAGCUCUCUGUCGUAUGAUUGAAAUGUUGAAAGCUAUAGAAGCAACUUUCCAUCAACACACUAUGCACAUUUGUGAAAACAUUACACACAUUGUCCAGCAUCUGGGCUACAUAGCUCUUACAGCUAUUAAUGCAGCAAAGAAACGGCUUGUGGCAGACAAAAGAUAUAGUGAGAGAAGACUGGAUGUAUUGUCAGCUUUAGUUUUAGCAGAAAAGGCUCUAAAUGGACCAGGAACCAAGGAGAGACGGCUAAUUACACAUUUGGCCAUGGCUUUGGGAACACAGCUUAAAUCAUUUAAAGAAGAUGAAGUGAUAAGCUUUAAUUCGGUUAUGAGAAAGCUGGAUCUGAUAUGUGAACUCAGAGAAAAACUCCAGGGGGCCUGUGAUUGCAGUUUUAUGUACUGGCAUCGAGUUGUUUUCCCAACAUAUGUCACUGAUCUCUAUGAAAAUGCAGAAGGUGGUCACCGCAUACAUUACAUGUUUGGAGCACUAAGAGAUUGUGUCCCACCCAUGCUUGUCACUCAACAUGAACUGUCUCCUCAGGUUUUACUUGAUAAUUUUGACAAGGAGAUAUACGGACAUUUGAAAGAGCACCUACUUGAUCCCCUGUGUCGAGAUAUUGAAACAGACCUCAGACUUCAUUCACACUCACACCUUCAACUGGAUGACAGAAAUCCUUUUCGUGUUGGACUUAAAGCUUUUUCUCAUCUCUUGAAAGUCCGCCCAAUCAGAUUCUUUGACAGGCUGAUAGAUAUAAAAGCUUAUGUUGAGAAUUACCUCGACAAGACCUUCUACAACUUGACCACUGUAGCCCUGCAUGACUGGAAAACUUACGGGGAAAUGAGAAGCUUAGCAAAACACAAGUAUGGAUUAAAAACUGUGGAAGCUCAUCUUCCUAGCCAAACUUUAGAACAGGGACUGGAUGUUCUAGAGAUCAUGAGAAAUAUCCAUGUGUUUGUGUCAAGGUAUCUUUACAACUUGAACAACCAGAUCUUUGUUGAAUGUUCCAGUAAUAACAAACAUCUAAAUACUAUAAAUAUUCGUCAUAUUGCCAACUCCAUCAGAACACAUGGAAUUGGAAUCAUGAAUACAACAGUUAACUUCACAUAUCAAUUUCUUCGGAAGAAAUUUUAUAUUUUUUCUCAGUUUCUGUAUGAUGAGCACAUCAAGUCCCGCCUUUUAAAAGAUCUCAGGUUUUUUAGAGAAAGUAAGACACAGCAGAAUAAAAAGUAUCCCUAUGAAAGAGCAGAGAAAUUUAACAAAGGAAUAAGAAAAUUGGGUUUGUCACAAGAUGGGCUGAGUUGUCUGGAUCAGUUUCGAAAUUUAAUCAGUCAAAUAGGUAAUGCCAUGGGUUAUGUGAGAAUGAUUCGUUCAGGUGGACUUCACUGUUGUAGCAAUGCCAUCUGCUUCAUCCCAGACCUGGAUGACAUUGUCAAUUUUGAAGAACUCUGCAAGGAAGAAAACAUGUCAGAUGAAUGUGUAAAAGCUGCAGUCAAACUUGAUGCUGUAAUUAGUAAUCUGACCAAAAACUUUUCAGAAGGAACAGAAUAUUUCAAGCUUCUUGUAGAUGUUUUUGCUCCAGCCUUCCGAGACCCCAAAAAUAUGCACCUUAGGAAUUUUUUUGUCAUUUUACCUCCUCUGACACUUAAUUUUGUUGAGCAUUCCAUUACUUGCAAGGAGAGAAUGAACCGAAAGAGCAAAAUAGAAGCUUCUUUCACAGAUGAUGGCUUUGCCAUGGGAGUUGCCUACAUUUUAAAGUUACUUGACCAAUAUCAUGACUUUGACUCAAUUCAUUGGUUUACUUCAGUAAAGGACAAGUUCAAUAAAGAAAAGGCUGAUGCUAAGAAACAGCAAGAUUCUGUCACUGGCCGAGCUGAUGAAAAGUUACAACAGACCAUACAGUUGACCUUAAAACGUUUAGAAAUCUAUGAACAGGAGUUUGAUAUACUGAAUUAUUCCUUGAGCAGUGCUCGGAUCUUCUUCCGAGCUGACCUCACAGCUGCUGAAGAAAAGGAGAUAAAAAAAGGAGAUAAAAAUGAUCAAGAGAAGACUGGAAACAGAACUGAAAAAUCCCUAGGUUAUGGGUCUCAGCCUCCUCCAACUAUUUUAUAAACAGACUGGAUGCUUUGAAAGCAGCUCUGCAACUGUCUUCUCUAACUUCACACACUAACAUUUAUUCCUUAUGGACAACUGGAUAUUUUUACAGCAACUAUCCAACUGUCUUAUUUUUUAUUCUAGCAUUCUUUAGACAUAUUGGAUAUUUUUGGCAAUGUCUCAAUGCCUUUUAGUUUACAUUUUAUUAUUCUGUAGAUGUACUUGAUGGUUUUUACUCUUAUUUUAAACUAAGCAUUAUGUAAACAUACUUUUAUUAACCACAACUGUCCCACUGUCUUCUCUUACUUCACAUUCUAGCAUUCUAUAAACAUACUUGAUUGUUUUACAGCAACUGCUGUUUUUUUUUAUUUUAAGAUUCUUUACACCACUAUUUUAUACACAAAUUUGAUGUUUUGAAAGCAACUUGUCCACUUGUGUUUUCUUACAGUAGCUACCUACCUUAUUUCACACACUGGUACAUAUAAAAACUUUAGACAAACUGGUUAUUCUUACAGCAGCCAUCCAACUAUCUGGUUUCACAUUAAUAUUCUGAUUAAAAAUAGUUUACUGUAAAGUGUGGUUAGUUUUACUGGUAUCAGUAUUAGGACUGGUUUGUUUUUACAAAUAUCUCAUUGUUGCAAUUUAACUGGUGCUUUUUAUCUUGCUUUUUUACUAAAAAAUGUAAUUUUUAAAAACCAAAGUCUAUUCACUCCUUUGUUUUAUCUUAAAGAGAUUAACUGAAAUAAUACUCUUAAUUUGAGACAUCAUUAUAGAAAUUAUAAAACUGAUUAUACUGGUGAUCCUCAUUGUAUUAUUUCUAAAUAUACAAUAUAAAAGUGAAAGAAAUAAUGUGAAGCCUUUUAUGUAAAUUUCAUUGCUGAAAGGAAAUAUAUUUUUCAUUUUUUUGAACUUAGCACUCAUAAGCAAAAAGUAUAUUAUAAAAAAACACAGUCAUGUAAGAAAAUAGUAAAACUCAGGCAGAAAAAUUAAAUAACCCACCAGGUGACUAGACUUUUUUUUUAUUUGCCAGGUUACUAGGCAACUGUUUUUACUAAGACCACUUAAUAAAAUAAUUAUUUUUCACAGGUCAUUUAAUGAAGACGAUGUUUAUCAGUUAACUCAUAACUAUUUGUUAGUUAUUCUAAACAACAGUAUUCUUACCACUAGUUUGUGAAUUAAAAAAAAAAAUCCACCUACAUGUGCCUGAGAACUAAGUAAUUAACUUUUCAUGACAGAAGAUACACACUUAUUUUGGUAUUUUAAUUUGAAUAGUAUAUGCUGUAUAACUGAAAUUUAUUUUAUUACUUUAUUGGUUAAUGUUUAGAGCUGUCAUUUUGUUUAUCAUUAUGUUUUGUUUUUCUCCUGAAGAGGCAAUAAACUGAAGAUACUACAAGGAGUGCUGAAAACUUCAGAUGGUUAAUAUAAGACUGACUUCACUUUUUUUUUUUACUUAUUAAAUAAUAAAGUUGAGAAAUUCAGUACUAUGUGCAGUUUUGCUUGUCUGUUGUAUAAUACAUUUGGUGAUGUAUUUGAGACACACUUUUUUUUAUAUACAAUUGGUUUAAUAGUUUAAUCAUACAUCAAAAUAGUAGGAAAAGCUUCAAAAGUAAGUCUUUAUUAGCUUGUUUUGUAUGUUAAACUGUUAAUGAAGUCACUAUAUCUAAAAAAUUUCUAUAUGAUAGUGUUUAUAAAAUAUCUUUGUAAGUUAAAAAGAUGAUUGUUUGCAAUUGGUAUUCAUUGUAAAAUUUUUCUUAUGUGACAAAUAUUGUUAGGUAGUAUUAGGCUUACGACAACCUUAGGAGAAAAAGGUGGAAGAAAUGGAAUAUAUUAUAUUGUAACAUUUUCCAAUUUUUAGAUUUCUUGAAACCAUUACAUUCUUUGUAUGUUAAGUCUUUUGAAUGCUCUUGAGCCUUUUCAGUCAUGUUUAAUAUUGGAGAGUUAAAUUUUUGGUGAACCAUGAUGCCUUGACUAGUGAGAAAUUUGUAUAGAAAUUGCAUUCCAGUUUAACAUCUUCGUUUAAGUGCUUUUUUUUUGCCAGUUUUAUUAAUUAACUCUUUUUUUUUGGCUUUUUCAUCUAUGAAUAAAAUUGAAAAUACUAAAAGAAUUGUCUUACCUAUUAAAAUGCAAUUGAGUUUGAAGUAAGAAAAUAACAACAUUGUAACACUUAACAUUUCUUAUAAAUUGGAAAUAUUAAUUGUAACUUUAUAAUUUUUAUUACUUAGUUUAUUUUUUAGUUUAAAAUAAAAUUUAUGCAUAAAAUGUAUUAAAUGUUCGAUUGCUGUAUACGAUAAAAUGAUAUAUUUAUUUGUAGAUUGGGACUUGCAUCCUCUUUAUAAACUAAAGAUAUUGAUGAAAACAAGCUCUUUUCACAAUAUUUUUUUUCAUAUUAGCUAGAAUUGGUUUUGAUCAAUUGAGGUUUUUUUUGCUUGACAUGCUAGUUAUGUAGAUAUUGUCCUAGAUUUAUAUAUAGACACACACACUUCAUGUCUACAUAUAUAUAUAGAAUUAUCAUUGUGUGGCUUCAUGAGUGUUCAGUUUGGGCGUAUGAUAUUUAGUGUCGGGGAUUUCAUGAAACUUGACUUUUUUGUACAUUUUCGUGUAUAAUAUCAUACUCAAAUUAAACCUGAUAAUAAAACUGUUAGAAACUUGUA